CCCGCUGCGUGCGGGAGGCAGGAUGGCGCAGUGGACACCACAUUGCAGCGGGGAGAGAGAGCGCAGAAGCAGCCGGCGUUACAUGGAUUCCACUGCUUCUAGCAUCAAACGAGAUAAACUUCGUCCCUUUACCGCAACCGCCAGUGUUUACAUCGGCGUGCCCGAGGUCACGUGACGUGUCCGGGCCUUCUGAUUUGCUGGCGUGCUUCGCGAGUGUUUCAAGCGUGCAGGUCGCUUUACUUGCGGCGUUGACAACAGAUGCCAUUUGUAAAAACAUGGAUUCCAUGGAAGACAAUGUAAAUACCCUGACUCCAGUACUAAGAAUAAACCAACUAGAUUCUUUUGAACUGGAUAGAGCCUUAGAACAGCUUGUGUGGUCCCAAUUUGCCCAGUGUUUCCAAUGUUUUAAACCUGGCUUGCUUACAAACUUUGAACCGGAACUGAAAGCAUUUCUGCAACUUUUGUUAUGGAGAUUUACAAUCUAUUCUCAAAAUGCAACCGUUGGUCAGACACUUCUGAACAUUAGAUAUAAAAAUGACUUAUCUCAGGGACAACAGUACAAACCAAUGAGUAAACGUCAGAAGCUGUGGUACGCAUUGUGCACCAUUGGAGGGAAAUGGCUACAAGAGAGAGCCCAUGAUGUAUUUAGUAAUCGUUCUCCGGAGUCAAUUAUCUACAAGUUUAAAUAUUUCAUUACUUUUUCAUUUGGCUUUUUGAAAGUUGUUGGACUACUGAAUUUUCUCAUCUUUCUUCAGAAAGGUAGAUUUGCCGCAUUUCCAGAACGACUUAUAGGAAUCAGAGCUGUGUUCUGCAGACCUCAAGGUGUUCGUCAAGUUGGCUUUGAAUAUAUGAAUCGUGAACUUUUAUGGCAUGGCUUUGCUGAAUUCUUAAUAUUUCUUCUGCCACUCAUCAAUACCAGAAAACUUAAACUAGUUAUUUCAUCAUGGUUCCUUCCAGUAGGCCAUCUCCAAGACGAUGAUGGCACACUAUCAAUCCACUGUAAAGAAUGUGCCAUUUGUGGUGAUUGGCCAACUAUGCCUCACAUAAUUGGUUGUAAGCAUGUUUUUUGUUAUUACUGCAUUCAAAGUAAUUAUCUAUCUGAUGCCUACUUUACUUGCCCAAAAUGCAGCGCUGAGAUCCAAACUAUAGUACCUUUGAUAUCUAACGUUCACCAAUCAAUCUAAUACAUAUUUGCCUAAACCCCAUUUUGGGAUUUGAACACAUGAUCUAGGGUGAUUAUCUCAAUGCAUUAUUAAAGGGCAAGAUGCAGAUAUAACCCUUGGAUGUAUGUGAAAAAUAAUUAUAUUAAAACAUAGAACAGUACAGCACAAUAUAGGCCCUUCGGCCCACCGUGUUGUGCUAACCUUUAAACCUGUUUACUGACUUAGUAUCUGAAUAAAAUUCUCCUUUAAGCAAUCAGCUGUUUCAGACAUGGGACAAACAACUGGGUUACUCACUUCAUUUGCCAUUUGCGGUAUUGACGAAACAUCAUGAGGACAUGAUAAAAGCAGCUUCUUCCCAAAUAAAAUACUCAAUUGACCAUUUCUAGUUGCAGAGCUUGUAUUUUGGACAUCUGUUCUACAUAGUGCAUAAGUAGAUGGAUGUAUUAACCUUAUCUGUAUCUUGUUAACUUUUGUGAAAAAAAAUGAAACAAUCCUUUGUUCUGAUUAACUUGAGAACCAUUGUCGCAUGUCUGACAGCUGUAGCAUCAAGAAGUUUGUGAAACAAGGCUUCAAUGUACUUUAUAUACACCAACUCUGCUUCCUUCUUGAUUUCGCGCCCCCCCCCCCCCCCUUCACCAACCAAUUUGUUUUUGAAAUUCACUAUCUCGAGUAGCAAUUACACUUAAUUCUCUGAUUUGAUCUUGUCUUAAGUUUCCUCUACAGAGAGCAACUAUCAUUUCUGCAGAUGAAAUUUAUUUUUAAACUGCAGAUGCUAGGAAUCUGAAACAAAAAUAUAAAAUUCUGGUAAAGCUCAGCAGGUCAGGCAGCAUCUUUCCUGGGAUUUGACUCAAUGAAUGAGUGCAAGUUCUGAUGGUUUACAUGCCGUGCGUGCGUUGGGUGACUUUCCAUCCUCUGUCCUCAUCUGUGAGGUGCUGCUAGUUGGGGCUGAGGUGUCGGAGCCUUUCAGUUAGGGUAGCCAGUGUAAUGGGCCUGUCAGAAUCGAUGGUUGCCACUUAAUUUUGGAUGUGCUUGCUCUCUCCAUUUCACCAAAAAUCAUCAUGCAGGAAGCUGUUUACAUUUAUGUCACUUGACUUGAGGCAAACUUCAUUAAUUAAGAAGUUAGUAUUGUCACACUCUCAUGCUGGGUUCACAGGUGUUAAUUAGGUAAGGGACUGAUGCUCACUUAUUCAUUAAAACUUGAAAUUUAUCUAUUGUUAAUCCAGUAUUGAAAUCAUACAUAUUUGGCAAAUGUCCUAUAGCGGUUAAUUUUCAGGAACUUCAUCAGACCAUCAUUCUCCUUCACCCAUUUUCAUCCCCAUGCUAAUGAUGAGGCUGAAGAAUUCCAUGGUCCAGCCUUGAGUCAGUUCCUGUGUCUGACUGUCAGCUGCUUGUAUUUGCCUCGCUUCUCUCACCGUGCCUUCUGAAGGAACUAGUUAUGCUUAUAUCUGAUGGCGGCAUCAACCACAGCCACCUCAUCCUCCUUGACAAAUAUUAAGUUCAGCUUCCAUAAAGCUCCAUUUGUUGGGUGGAGGUGGGGUUUGACAAGUGUAGUCCAUUCAUACUUGACAACCUUCUCUUUCAGGCACUCUAUGACUUUGUUGUACCCGUAUUUAUCCUGGCUUUCUUGACAAUGGAGCACUGGCUGGAGAUGUAUCCAACAGUUUCAUUAUGGAUUUCACACAGCCUACAUGUGUUAACCCACUGCGGUCUUCCAUAGUUGGUUGUGCACCUGGUUAGUUACAGGUUACACCACAGUAGCAGUGGAUUGAUAAACUUGUGCAACUUCUACUGAUUCUUACAGCUUACCUAGGAUUUUGAUCAUUUGUCCUCACCGAAGUCCUUGAUCCCCAAUCCUCUGCCCAUUUCUGGAACUCCCAUGUGCUCCAAUUUGCAUGCCUCUUUUCAGGUUGCUGCCUGGUCCCUUCUGUCAUCACCAGUUGCAUCUCCAUUAUCUCCAAUACUUCUACUUCAUCUGAGUGCAUGUGGCUGUUCCUUCUGCUGAAACUCCUUAGUAUUAGAGGACUUCCAGGUUCCUUAGUCUCGUCACCUGGUCUUUGUUCUCUUCGCCCAUUAUCUUGAAUGGCACUUCGAUGAGCAGGGCUCUGAAUAGUUGCAUGGACAGCCUUUUUCUGAUACAGCUGAAGGUUUUUGGACUUGCAGCUUGGGAAGGUCCAGCCCACCAUUGUGGUUCCAAGAGUACAGGACACUUUCAUUGGCUCAUAUGGCGGGGAGGGGGAGUUUCCUUCCUUUCCUCUCAAAGACAUUAAUGGGAAGCUUCCUCCAGAAUUAGAUGAUAAUAUGAUCUGAGUAUCAUGAGGGUCUUAAACUCCUUCAGAAGAUUGAGCUGCUCUACUUUGGUCCCCUUCAGGCUUAUAAUCGUCCAAUCAACCACUCAUAUUAGUUCAUCAAUGUGGCUUCUGAUGCUGGCUGACUUACAGCAUUUUCUGUUUUUGAAACUCUUCUGUAGUUUAGUGCAGUAAAGCCCUGAAAUAGGAUAGUUUGUGGUAAUAUUAGCCCAUCUAUUUGGUAUAAGAAUCCACAAAUGAAUAUUAAUUUUGAUAGAAUCUUGUAGCACAUUGUAACUGGCUUACUCUUAAAUAGCUGUUAUAUUUCCACUCUUUUUAAAAAAAUAACUUUUUCAACUGUUUAUUGACUAUAAAACUGUUAUGGAUUUUGUAUUCAUUAUGAUUUCUGCCAAAGUAGUUGAUGUCUCAGCAAUCCUCUGCAUAAAAUUCUCCCAGCCUUCCUUUUGAUGUCUUUAAUCUUUUAAUAAAGUCUUUGUAACUAAAUGAUAAUCAAAUACUCUUAAUUUGACAAUUUUGUGCCCUUAACAACUUCUGUCAUCCAUAGGAAAACCAAAUAUUUGGAUGUAAUUUUGUGUCUUUUAAUUGAAACCAUAUAGAAUUAAUAAAAUAAUGAAUCAUGCAUAUGUCUAUUAAGUUUAGGAUAUUAAUUCACAUGACACUGAGAAAAUAUUUAAACAUUUUGUAUAAAUUCCUGCAACUGAAAUAAAACCAUUUGUACAUCUUUUCACUAUUAGGAUGAAUCAGUAAAUUUAUUUGUUAUUUUAGAACAGUACAAUGGCUGCUUCUGCUUUGAAUAAAGUAUUGCCUAAAAAUUCUUUGUAAAAGGUUAUAAACAACAACUUUCCUUCCAGUCACCGGCAGUAAGUGGUUCAUCAGUUUUCCCGAGGAAUCAAUUUCAUUGUAGAUUUUCAGUAGAUUACAAUUUUACUGAAUAGAGUUGGAGGAAGAAGGUAACAGUGCCAAUCUGAGGAAUAUGAGAAAAGAAAAAUGUUGUGCUCAGUCUUUUAAUGCAGUGAAAUACCAUCUGCUAUUUCAUUAGUUUUUCAAAAUAAUCAAAAGAUUAUCAGCCUGUUAUUUCCUUAUUCCUUCACUCAUCAAUUUACUUCUCUGUGCUAAUCCUGCUACAUAAAGAUGAUGUCCAGCAG